UAUCCGCCGCGUCUUCAACCAAACCUCCCGAACUCGAGUCCCUAAGCUCCAGCCACGAACCCCGACGCUGACAGCCCGGUUCUCACAAAACCGUCUCGCCCCCGUCCGUUCGCUCCGAUCCCUCUAUCUCCAGCUUUCACUUUUCCUCCCCGCGAAGAAGCACCCAACUCCCUUGGUCAGGGCCCCGUACGCAACCUCCACCUCUACAGAUUAUGUCCGCAUCCGCGCCCAUAGCCGGAACGGCUUCUGCGCCGCAGAAGCUGGAGAAGAAGCCCGUCAAGUUCAGCAAUCUGUUGCUCGGAGCUGGAUUGAACAUGUUCGAAGUGACAACUUUGGGACAGCCGUUGGAAGUGACCAAGACGACGAUGGCUGCAAACCGGGCUGACGGCAUGGCCGGAGCUAUUGCGAGAAUCUGGAGUCGUGGAGGGGUGCUUGGAUUCUACCAAGGUCUUAUCCCCUGGGCGUGGAUUGAAGCCUCGACCAAAGGCGCCGUCCUCCUCUUCGUCGCCUCGGAAGCCGAGUUCUACGCCAAAAGCUUCGGUGCCCCCGAUUUCGUCGCCGGGAUAACUGGAGGCAUGACAGGCGGUCUUGCCCAGGCCUACGCAACAAUGGGCUUCUGCACCUGCAUGAAGACGGUGGAGAUCACCAAGCACAAGGUCGCGGCCUCGGGCCAGAAGCCGCCGGGAACGCUUCAGACCUUCAUGGGCAUCUACCGCGCCGAGGGUAUCCGCGGUAUCAACAAGGGUGUCAACGCUGUUGCGGUCCGCCAGGUCACGAACUGGGGUUCCCGCUUUGGUCUUUCACGUGUCGCUGAGAACGGUAUCCGAAAGAUCACUGGCAAGGGCGACACGGAGAAGCUGGGCGUUUGGGAGAAGAUUCUUGCUAGCGCCGUGGGUGGUGGCCUCAGUGCUUGGAACCAGCCUAUCGAGGUCAUCCGCGUGGAGAUGCAGAGCAAGACCGUCGACCCCAACCGGCCGAAGAAGCUGACCGUCAGCUCGGCGGCGAAGUAUAUCUACAGCAACAACGGCAUGAAGGGCUUGUAUCGUGGCGUUACUCCUAGAAUUGCUCUCGGCGUUUGGCAAACGGUCUGCAUGGUUGCUUUGGGCGAUGUUGCCAAGGAUGCUGUUGAGAAGCUCACUGGUGACAAGGUCACCGCAAAACACUAAAGGGGCGUUUGGAUGUCUUAGUCUACAUUCGAUCUACUGAGAUAACAGCAGAGCUACACUGUUAUUUCGUUGAGUGUAGUUGCAUUUUCUCGCAUGUUCGUUCAAGCUGUUGGUUCUAAGUAUUGAUAGACGGGUUGGCAAAUGGGAGUUUGUCGGUAAUCACAUGAACCUGAGGGGCUUUUCCUUUCCUGUUUCACAGAUAUAUCCUACCACCAUGAAUAUCAAGGGUUGAAGGAAGGCG